AUUCGCGUUCUAUUUUUGUGUGUGACGGUGCCGUCCGGCGAAGGUUUAUAUUUUCCAAAUAAAUUGAUGAUUUUCUUUUAGAUCGUUGAAAUAUUCUAUAGAAACUCCUGAUUACGAAGUUUAUAAUUCCAAAAUGCAGAACGGAGAGGAAAGUGCGACGGCUACGGAAACUAAGAAACCAGUGCCCGAAGAAGUGACCAAGCAGUCUUUUCGGCUCAAAGUAUGGCGUCACCUCGAGUCAAACGGUUUGGCUAUGUUCCCGCGUCCUGUCUACAAUCGUAUCCCAAAUUUCAAAGGGGCUCCCGAAGCGGCCGCUAAGUUAGCAGAACUAGAAGUUUUUAAGAACGCCAAUACAGUUAAAGUGAACCCAGAUAAACCACAGGAACCUGUUAGAGUGAUCUGCUUGGAGCAACAGAAGACCCUAUACGUGCCAGUGCCGCGUCUCCAGAAUGGAUUUCUUAACAGAUUAGAAUUGCCCGAAGGCGAGACCGGUCCCGCUGCCAUCAGGAAAGCGGUCUCGCGCAAUGGCAUGGAAACUUAUGGGAAACCUAUUGGCAUUGAAGAUUCAGUUACCUUAGAUUUGGUUGUUAUGGGAUCAGUAGCUGUCUCCAAAGAGGGCUAUCGUAUUGGCAAAGGAAGAGGCUAUGGUGAUUUGGAAUUCGGCCUAAUGAUGCACAUGAAGGCGAUAAAACCAAACACACUGGUUGCUACUACUGUUCACGAUUGUCAGGUAUUCGAAACUCUACCGGCUGAGUUGUUCGGCCCUCAUGAUGUACCCAUCGAUAUAAUAGUCACUCCAACACAGGUGAUAGAAACACAGCGUAUGAGCCAACGACCAGUCGGGAUUCUAUGGCAUUUGCUGUCGAAUCGUCGCGUACAACUAAUGCCUAUUCUGGGACAACUGCGCGAGAUCGAAAUGCUAGCUGGUCGAUCAUGUACAUUGCAAGAAGUGGACACUGAUGUAGAGGAACGUACUACACAAAGACCUAGGAGAUUGCGUCGUCGCACUCGCUCGCACAAGAGCCAGAGUGAGGGAGAGGGCAAUACCACAGAAGGUGAAGACGGCAAGUCUACUGGCAAACCUCGUCGAUCCACGCGUCGCCGCAACAGUCAGAAAUCGACGGGGAAAGAAGGGAAGGACGGCGAGCAACGUUCACGACGCCCUAAACGUCAGAGGCCGGUUAUAGACUUCUCCGUCAAGAUAUCUAACAUAAGCCCCAACACACGUGUCCGUGAUUUGAAGCAAGCAUUGAACGAGCGCGGAGUCAAACCUCAGAUCAUGACAUGGAAGGGUUUCCGGGGAUUCUGCUACUUGCACUUCUUCAAGUCUGGUCCGCAAAAGGGCGAAGGUGACAGUGCGCCGUCUACAGUGAGCAUGGACAGCGUGUUGAGUGCUCUAGCGCAGAUGUCGCUAGGUGGCAGCGGUGGGGGGGUGGCGGGCGACGAGACAGCCGACGAUAAGCCGAGGUUACUGUGUGUGGAACCGGCCCCGCCGCGACCGCCGCGUGACAACAACGCACAACAGAGGAACAACGACGAACAACAAACGCUGACCAACCCACAACCAGUGGCGGCUGCUGUACAUUGACUUCCGAAUAUCGAAACCGUAGACGCGUUCGACGUUUAUUAACGAGAAUAUUGUAUUAGUUCUAAAAACACGCAUAAAUAAAACGUUGUUCGCUUAGUUGCACAUGGAGGGACGGCAAAUUUGUCGCAUUCCGUUACUAAUUUUUAGCUUUAAAGUUGAUUUUCGAUUGCGUCGGCUCACUAAUUAAUAUGUGUGCGCGUUUUACAAUUAAAUAAAUGCAAUCGGUUAUUGUCGAGUGAAAAUUACCCUUAAUGCCUUCAAAAUAUUGUAAUGGAAUUCUAUGGCAUGGGACAAGCAAGUCACCUAAAGUUAAGUGAUCAUAUCUGCAUUGUCAAUAAUUUAGAUUUCCUGAUUCAUAUGCAGCCUUGAACUGACAGUAAUGAAAUCAUUGAUAUUUAUUAAUAUCUGUAUCCGAAAUACGAUUUUAUUGUUAACACAUUAAGGCUCAUCUUCACUCGAUUACUUAUCAAUUUGCUUUUGAAUCUGAUGAUGUAUUGCGUGUGCUUGUAACCAUAGAGAAGCGAUGGCUCGAUUUUAGUUUAUUCGAACGGUGGUUCGCUUUACUGCAGUUCUGUUGUGCUAAUAUAUGUAGCAUCAAUUCGUCUUAAAAAGUUACAGUGAAUCGAAAGAAAUUAAGUAUUUUCUAUUGACAAAAUUCCUAAUAUCAGUAAUGAAAUUUUGAAUUAAAAUAUUGCUGAUACUAAAUAAUCAGGAAGUUUGCACAAAUUUAUACUAGAUAUUGCAGAGUCGAAUAUGACCUUUAUGUCACAUUCAUACAUUCUUCUGGCGGAAAAUAGUACCUAAAUUAUAAAUUGUUCGUACAAUUUUAAUACUUCAAGCACCUAUUUCUCAGCGUUUUAUUCUUACACUUACCUACGGAAUAUAUUCCAGUCGAAAGUUGUGAAAUGGAGACAAAUACUAGAUGAGCACAACGCAUCCAUGCAAAUAUGUAUUCUAAUUUCUUAGUGGAGCAGCGAAAAUCGUGUAAUUUACAAAAACACUAGGUGAAUUGUGAAACGCACAAGUCAAUUAAAUUUUUACAUUUAUCGCUGUAGAUAUAAAGCUGAAUAUUCAAUGAUUUAUAAUACCUGUUCUAUUGUCAUUUCGAUAAUUUUCAUGUAAUUUUAAGUCGAAAAAUGCUACAUUGCCAACAGACUGUAUGCCGUGGUUUUUUGUUAUUGUGACCGCUGGCCGACGCGCGGUUUAUGAGUGAGCUAAUAUUAUAGAAGAGCACUUAGUCUAAUAAAAAUACAUAUAAAAUAUAUUUUUUAGUUUCUCUAGUCUCUAUAGUUAGCAUAUAAACAAACUAGCUAGUUGUUUUUACGAUAACUCGUUUAUCUUUACAGAAUAUACUUUUUAAGCACUCUUCCAUAAUUUACGAGAAAGAUACUAUAUUUUAAUAUACAUUAUAGAUUGAACACAAUAGAGUAAUAUAUUUUUAAUAUACUAUAAUAAGGUGCUGAACGGAGUCCCAAACUAUUUAGAUAAAUAGUUUAAAGGAUUUGAGUAGUGUUAAGAAUAUUUAUUUUUAAUUGGCGAUUUCAGUUUGGGUCUCCCGUUUGUGGCCGUCACGUUGUCUAUUUGUGCCAACUACAACUACUUGCAAUAAUUAUGUAGUUCCCAUAGAUUCGUUGCGUGUAUAAUUAAUAAAUUAAAACGUGCUAAUGUUAUUUUUUUAACUAUUUUUAACAUAUCCUGAUAUUAUUGUUAGCUGGUAUAAAUGUUUCGUAUCUCAAAAGUUACUUUUUCAGUAUUAGGUUAUAAUUAUAAUUUAAGACUCGAAAAGUAAUAUAUAAUAAAUUGUUAUAUAAGAAAAUAAAUUGUCUAUUUGAAAAUAUAAUGCAAACAUUUGCACUGUAUUGGUCUCUUAGAAUAAAAGAAGAUGUAUUUUAUAUAGAGUAAACUAUUUCUAUUAAAAUAUUUUUCGAAAUUUUUGUUAUAUUUGGCAGCAUAAUAGUAAGCUUUAUAUUGUGAAACAUCUCAUGAGUAUUUUUCUAUAGUAGUCUGUGUAGAGUACAGAGGCACGCUGAAGUGUUUCUGUUUUAAUAGUUGUUAACUAUAGUUCUCUAUUUAUGUAGGGUUAACAGUAAACCAGGUUAUUACAGGAGGCCAAAUUUAUCCAAUCGAAUUAAAGCCUUCAUGUGUCGAUGUUUAAGUUAAAAAUUGAUUGCCGCAAUUUGGCGUUUUGUAAUAGCCUAAUGUAUUACUACUACUACUACAAAUAUAUAAUAUUUUAUGUAUACAAACUUGUUAACACUACUAUUUACUAGUUUAUACUAUGAUCUUUAACGUUGGGAAGCAUGGAUGAGCGUUUUUUUUUUUGUUUGUUUUAUAUUUUUUUUUAAUAAAUUUAUUGAACACUUAUUUGUUUUUUUCUGUUACACAUUAUUUUAUUUUGAACUUUAGUCGUGUAUUUAUGAUAAAAAAUAAUCAAUCGAAACAUAGAUCUCCUAGCUAUAUUCGACUCUUUCAUGUUGUGAUUGUACUAAGAUUUUUGUCGUUUAGAGGUUGAGGGUCAAAUUAAAUUCUAUUUUUUAU